AAUAUCUUAUUCUCGAAAGUAUCGAUAAUAGCGAUACCGAUACAAUAUCGUCCAUUGCUAGUUCUUUCGCGUUUGAAGUUUUGUGCGGACAACAUGGGUUUUUCUGAACUUUGGUAUUCGCAUCCACGAAAAUAUGGACAAGGCUCUCGUUUCUGUCGUGCCUGCUCCAACAAUCACGGAAUGAUUCGCAAAUAUGGCUUGAACAUUUGUCGACAGUGUUUCAGAGAAUAUGCGAAAGACAUCGGGUUCAGAAAGUUGGACUAACCUAUGAUAUAUGGAUCAACACAUCUGAUCGAAUAAUUUAUUUCUCGAAAAAAGAAAUAAACUGAGGUUAUUCUGAA